UGUGAAAUAAAAGUUAUUGUAGGGGAAGUUGAAGCAAGACAAAAUAUAUUGUUUGGUGGACACAGUGUGGGCAUUACAAAUGCCAACAAGGCGUUAGUGGCAGCAUGUGGCGGACGCUGUUACUGCUGCUGGCUCAGAAGGUCGGACCCUCUCAGAAAAAAAGUGGUCCGACAUAAAAGCGGAGGCCAUAAGGCGCAUAGCCUUACACAGACAAAGUGUUUGUGCCACAGGCGGGGGACAGGGACACCGUAGCUCAACCCCCUUGAUGGGCGUCUUGCCAGUAUUAUAGGGGAAUCCCUCCUGAGUAGUGACGGAGGUGGAGGGGGAAACGGACAUGCAAGACACACCGGAUGAUCCAGUCACUGUGUUCAGCGGGGUCGGUGGUGCUGCAGCUGAGCAGGAGCUGAGUCGCCCAGCCCCCUGUCUCCACUGCACCUCGUGCGUCACAACCCUCCAGCAGCAGUGUCCUCACAGAUGCAGUCCUGCAAACGCAAAGAGACACCAUCGAUGCGAUUAACGAGGUUGCCAAGGAGUUGAAAUGGGAGUUGAAGUGCAGGUCCUUCUCUGUAAAGCUGGGCCCACUACAGCACAGAUAUCAAAGACAACAGCUCUUGGUAAUCGGAUCCGGCUCAUAAGCCACUCAUCAUCAAUGGCCAGUAAAUUUUGCUGUUCUCUGAAAAUUCGCACUCUGAAUUCUUCCAUUCGCCAAAUCUUCCGAACGGUGCAAAAGCAGCCAUUGUGCGUCAUUUUGCAUUGUAAUUGCAUGCCUUUUUAUACCCACUCAUUUGAUUGUCACAGUUACCCAAUUGCGUAAGAGAGUGGCAUACGCCUUCUUUUGUGCCUACGCAACAUUUAUAAAUGAGGCCCCAGGUGAGUGGGCUUUGAUUAGUCAAUGACAUUACAAUGACUUGAUUAAAAUGACCAGCAUUGCUGACCUCAAAGGCACGGAUUUGAUUACCCCUGAAAUAAGAGAUUUGCCCAACAAACCUAUUGUUGAUUGGUCCUACAUUUCUGACCUCCACAUUGCAGCCAAUGAACAUUUCGGAAACAAUUCUGUUAUGGCACCAUAAGGAAGACAAUAACAGAUGCAAGCCUACAACUGAAGAAUACCCUAAGCUUUAUUCAAGAUUAAUCUACAGACAGAAGCCUGGUCAAAACAAGCAAAGUCAAAAAUGAUGCAGUGAACCGAUUCUGAAGAUGGUCUGAGCUGAGAGGUUCUCCCACCUGCCGAUCCCUACAAAAGUUUGCUGUGUCAGAGGACUCCAAAGAGAAGAGUACGCAGCUUCCCAAGGCCAUGGAAGACUCUCACACUUUAUACAUCUCAGAGUUGGGAGACGAUGACCAUUUAGAGGAGGAGAUGGAAGAUAAGGAGCUUGAGGAAACUCACUGCAGUCUUUAUUUAAUGUCCAUGGAAACGGAUGAGCUGGCAGAUUCAAACACAAGUUGCCAAAAACCUGAGGCCAAAGGCUGUGGCCUGAAGCAGGAUUUAGGAUCGGUCUCCCAUUCAGCAACCCCUGAGCUCCCAGAGGAUCCUGACCAUGACCCUGAUGUAGAGCUCCAGGACUCAUUUCCCUGCCAAUUCUGUGAAAGAAAUUUUACCAGCAAGCAAGGCUUAGAACGUCACAUACACAUCCACACCUUAGCUAACCACCACACACACAUAUUUAAGUGUAAGUACUGCAGCAAGUCCUUUGGCUCAAAAAUUGGCCGGCGACGGCAUGAGAGGAGACAUGAAAAUGCAAAGGCAAGGCCUGGAUCUUUAAUAAAGCCUGUGGAGCCUCCAAGUUCUGCCCUACAGCGCAACGGUCCAGAAUGUGUGUCUUCUCCAAGUAGCUCCAGUGCCUCUGUUUUGGCAGACAGAGAACAGGCGUCUAUGUCAGAUGAACAUGGAGAAUUACAGGGUGGUCACACUUGCAAGUAUUGCAAAAAGGUUUUUAGCACGCAUACAAACAUGCGACGACAUCAGCGCAGGAUCCACGAGCGCCAUCUCCGGCUCAAAGGUAAGGAACCCCCACUGUUGCAGGAAGCAAAACAUCCAAAGCUACCCCCUAUUAAAUCUCAACAGGAUACCAACAACACAAGCCCAGUAGCAGUUCUUGAGAUCGAAAGUGACCAAGAGGAGCAAUAUAUGCUGGAUAUCUCUGGUAACAUCUCUGAGAACCUCAGCUUUUAUAUAGAUGGGAAGAUUGUAUCAACAAGCACUGUCAGCGGCUGUGAGGUAGUUGAAGUGAACUCUGGAUCUGCUACUUUAGUCGGACUAAAUGCUGUGAUUAUUAAUCCUGCCCAGAUCAGUCAGGCUCUUAAAGUAGAGACUGCUACUCACACAGGAAAAGGGAUAUCUGGUCAACCCUUGACAAAAAGGAGAACUGCCACACCACCUCUUCUACCCCAAAUCAAAACGGAAUUAGAAUCGGAAGUUUUGUCCUCUUCUUCAUCAAUUGUGUCAUCUUUGAUAGAAAGUCUCAUUCCUCAGAACACAGAGUCUACUAUCCUUCAGAGAGAGAGAACAGUUUAUCUGUCACCUAAGCUGAAACAGCUCUUACAGAUGCAAGAUGGCCUCAAACCCAGCUUUGCCCUGAUCACAGAAGGCCAGAAGCUGUGUUCACCACUUUCCCUGACUGUCCUCCCAGCAGGAUUGGGGAGGUUUAAAAGAAGGACCGGGUCUCCCCCAAACUCACCACAAAGCCCUAUGUCGAAUGUUGAAAGCACAACAACCGAUGUGGGUGUUUCUAUUGCUGUCAAUGCCCCAACGUCAGAGAGCCAAUGCAGUUCACCCGCAUGCAGUUUAUCCAGCAAUGAUGAGAGUGAGAUCUCCAAAAGUCCACCAGUAAACGAUGCAAUGACAACUCGUGUCUUGCCAGAGGGAUGGUCCCCAAUGAGUGGGGGUUGUUCCUGCAACCAGCAACCUUUGGACCUCUCAAAUGCUGUCAAGAAAAGUGAAGACGAAGCCCUGCGGGAAGCUGUGUUGGACUUGAGUGUGCACAGAAAGAGUGCAGAUUCGGAAGCAAAGAGAAUUUUAGUUCCACAGCCCUUAAAUAAAAAGAGGAAGCCAAACACCAGCAUGUUGGAGAAGGUGCUGAUGAAUGAGUACGCAAACCUAGAGGUUGUUGCAGAGCAAGAAUUAAGUAUAUUAGAAAAUCAUGAUGCACCGUUAGUUACAGACUUUGCCAUAGUUACUGCUUCGGAUAUGUCACCUGCUACUGAAGGCGAGGUGUUCGGAUUAACUUUUCCCUCUGCAGCACUUAGUCCAUCCCCUUCCUCUCUAGCUUCAGUCCCCAGGCAAUCAAUCUCACCAUGCACCAUAGCACUUGCUUCCCCAUCUCCACAUCCAAUCUUACCCACUGCUCCGUCGCUAAUUACUGUUUUAGCACCACCAACAUCUUCCUCUAGCAAUUCCACAAAUCAACCUAUCCUUCAAGUAUUGGCCUCUAAGAUAUCUCCUAAUCCUUUAAUAAUCUGCACAGAAGAUUCAUUGAAUUCAGCUGAGUGUGAGUGGAGAGCUGCUUUGCCAGAUUGGGCUACCUCUAAUUCUGCAAGCCAAAUUGCCAUCUCUAAACCCCUUGACCCAACUCUCAAUCUACAAGGGCAUGUGUUUCUCACAGAUCACACUUUAAAUCAAAUAGCUCUGAACACUACCACAGUUGAAUCCAACAUUGGAUUUGAAGUGCCAACAUGCUCUCCAGCUUUAACUCUAAACGAUUCCCUUAUCAACUCCUUUGACAUUACUAGUAAUACUGUUUUAAUUGAAUGCACAGUUGCUCUUGAAACCCCAGAGAACCUUGUCCCUACCACAAUUGAUUUCCAAGAGAAUAAUUUUGAAUCCACAGCACCUGCGCAAAUUGUCAUAAAUCAGCAGCAGCCUCUGUCCUUGCCUCAUGAAACCAUUGACCCUACUAUUUUAGUAUCUUCUUUAGAGCAAUCGGUUACCCUUUCAACGCUGUCUGCAGUCAUAUCUGAAUGUCCAACUCGUCAAGAAUCCAUUUCCUCCCCUGUUCCUGCCAUUAUUAAAACGGAAUCAAACCAAAAGGUAGUAUCAGAGGACAUAUCUAUCUGCCCCUCUAAAACGCCGCCACCCUCUGAGGGCACAAGUCAAGUGGAAGAAUCCUCAAAUGAGACCCUCUCCAAGCUACAAGACACUUUCACUAAGGAAUUCAUAUGCAAUGUAUGUGAUAAGCUUUUUCAUUCAAUGAAGGAACUGGGUCAUCAUGUAAGUGAGCAUUCUGAUGAAUGGCCAUACAAAUGUGAGUUCUGUGUGCUACUCUUUGGAAAGCCCACGGCAUUGCUUGAUCACAGGUCAACCCUCCAUGGCGUCGGCAAGAGCUAUGUUUGCUGCGCAUGUACAAAGGAAUUUGCUUAUCUUUGCAACCUGAAACAUCAUCAAAAGGAGUUGCACCCUGGCCAGGAAUGCAAAUACACAGAGGAAGAAAAUGGCAAGCUACGACCCCAGAACUAUAACAAUGCAACAAAAGUUAGCACAGAGGCUUUGUCCUACUGUGCCAUGGCGGAGUCCAAUAAACCUGUCAUAAAAGAUGAGGGAGAAUUAGACGACGCUACUGAGGAACUCUUUACCACAAUAAAGAUAAUGGCUUCUGAGGGAAGCAAACCCAAAGGCCUGGAUGUUUGCCUUGGCAUCAACCAACACUAUCCCAGUUUUAAGCCGCCUCCGUUUCCCUAUCACAACCGGACACCUGUUGGCUCUGUAGCAUCAGCUACCAACUUCACCACCCACAACAUCCCACAAACCUUCAGCACUGCUAUCCGAUGCACUAAAUGCGGCAAAAGCUUUGAUAACAUGCCAGAGCUGCACAAACACAUUCUUGCCUGUGCAAAUGCCAGUGACAAAAGACGCUAUACACCCAAUAAGAACCCCAUUCCUCUUCGUCACUUUGCAAAAGCCCAAAAUGGAGUACUGUCCUCUACUAAUUCCACAAAUGGCCAAAAUGCUCUACACACGGCAAGUCAAACAAAUCGUCCCAAACUCUAUCAGGAGCCACCUGCCAAGUUGAAGCUUAAUGCACUCAACAAAAGGAAAAAACAGCUGGUACAGAGGGCCAUUUCACAGAGGAGUAAGUCUACCUCUUUGACAAAGAAAACCUCUUCUCUAGUCCAUGAGGAGCAAGAGAUCUAUGUCUGUCCGCAUUGCAUUAGAGAAUUCACAUACCGCCGCAGCCGGACCAAGCACAUGGCCGUCUGCCCCAGGAAACCUGCUGCCAAAGAGGCCAAGAAAAGAAAAGAUGGCAGUAUCUCUUACACUAAGGAAAAUAACGGCCACCUUCGCAGAGAAGUCCAUCAUUUGGAAGAGAAAUCUGACCAUGAACAGAAAAGCAGAGCCCAUAGUUCAAGUCCAACAAAGAGGACAGCCAUAUUACCAGCUCAUAAAGUCCUGUCAAACAAAAAAAGUAAAGCCAUCAUUGCAAUGGCAAGUGUCCAAACACCGCAGGAGGCACCCAAACUGACUGCGCUGUCUCUUGUUCGCCCUUUCAACUCCCCACAACGUCAAGGCAGUAGGAUGCAGCAUGGUGUGAAGGAAAUUCGUUCUAACAUUACAAUGGUGAAAUCCCACCAACAACCACCACAGGUGGAUGAGCACCCCUGCAGUCAGAGUGGAAGGGUGAGGGGACCAGUGACCCGCAGUCUACAGCAGAUUGUCGUCACAGAUUCAGCAAAGGAAGAACAGCUGACCAGUCAGGAGCCACCAGGGGAUCUGCAGGAUCCUUCAAUUUGAGAUUCAUCCAAUGGACUGCUUCAGACAGUGGAAAGUUGAGGAUCAUGAUACAUUUGUGGAGGCUUAAUGAAAGAAAUACAAAUGCAAGAAGAGCUGGCGAAUGCAGCAGUGGGUAGGUGCAAUCGGACAAUGUAUGGAGGCUUUCAGAGAACAUUUUUGUUGUGCAUUUCUUGUCCUUUUCACAGAAUGUUUGGAAAAGACUGCUGUGCACUUUGAGAAACUUUACCUGUGAUGGGCACGUGCAUCACAGAACAAGUCAUCUUGAUGAUUAUCUGAAAAAAAUAAUUAAAAAAGCCCAUCCCUAUGAAUAACUAGUGCGGUUUGCAAGUGGCAAUCAUAGGGGCAUGCAGUUAUUACAUUUUUUUUUUCAGUUAGCUAUAUGUGUACUGUUAUGUGGCCUUUUUUAUUUGGAACCUAAAUGCAUGCUACCAGUUUAUUGUAGUACUAGAUUGCCCCUUUCUCACUCAGUCUGUCCAAUUUCAAACCACACUUUUUAGGUUUGAAUGAUCAUCAACAAGUGAAACUCUGGAUCUCUUAAAAGGAUAGUUUUCCAAAUGUUUAACGUAAUCGUAAUAAUUGUCAUACCUCGAGGAGUUAUGUGGCUGUCUUAGAAUUUUAAUACAAGCUCCAAGGAAAGCCCUGAGAGGUAAACAAUGCAUGGAAUGUGAGUAUAAAACCCUAGAGCUGGGCGAUAUGAGAUUAAUUGGAAUGUAUGUCUAGCGCGAUAUUCCAAAUGCCUGUAUCUCAUGAAUCCAUUUUUUGUUGUACCUUUGCAUUUACACACACCAAGCCCAGCCCCCUGGCACUCACAACGACAAAGAUGAGAGAUCACCUCUUCUUCUCUGACAGUGGUUUCAACUCUCAUUUGCAUUUUAGGUUUGGUCUGACAAUAUGUCAUAUGGAAACCAAAACACAUAAAAAGGUUAAUCUCCUCUAUUAUAGUAAAGUAAUGUUUCUAAUGGGGACCUCCUGGAGGUUAGGGAGCCCCAGAUAGCAUAUGAACACUCAUAAAUAAUGGCAGGAAAUUUGCUUUAACGGUUGACUUUGGGUGCGAUAAACGGUCCAACUUAUUGUCAAACAGAAAUUGGGUGUGCCUUGGGUGGUUAAUCAAUGUCA